AUGACGCGGCUGGGCGUUCCCCCGGCCGCGGCGCUCCCUCACACGCGGCCGCGGGGCCGGGGUCCACCGGCUGACCGCUUGUCUCCGCGCAGGGGCCCAGGGCGGCUCCGUGGCGAGGGCCCUGCUCGGCGACGCCGCUUUCCGGGGGGCUGCGCGGGAGCUGCGGAGGUGGUGCAGGCUGAUCUCGAGGAUGCCUCCAGCCUGGAGGCAGUCCUGCGCGGGGCCUCUGGGGUCUUCCUGGUCACGGAUUUCUGGGAGCAUCUCAGCAAAAAGCGGGAAGUGGCCCAGGGGAAAUGCAUGGCAGACUUGGCAAAGCAGCUGGGCUUGAACUACGUGGUGUACAGCAGUCUGGACAACUUGCAGAAGCUGACAAGCGGUCAGCUGAAGGUGCCACGUUUUGAUGGCAAAGGUGAGGUGGAGGAGUACUUCCAGGCUGUUGGCGUGCCCAUGACCAGCGUGAGACUCUCUUCCUACUUUGAGAACUUCCUCACUACCUUCUGACCUCAGAAAGCCCCAGGUGGAGAAGGCUACAAACUGGGUAAAGGUGGCCCUUCCAGUGCCUGUGCUGCUUAACCUGCACACUGGGUUUAUUUAUU